AUGGCCAGCUCAGACCCUCUCUACCCAUCCUCGUCGAUCGAGGAUGACUUCAACUAUGGCAGCUGCGUGGCCUCGGCCAGCGUGCACAUCCGAAUGGCUUUUCUAAGAAAGGUUUAUAGCACCUUUUCUCUGCAAGUUCUCUUGACUACAGUGACAUGUUCCGUGUUUUUAUACUUUGAGUCUAUACGGACAUUUGUGCAUGAGAGUCCUGCUCUCAUUUUGGUGUUUGCCCUUGGAUCUUUGGGUAUGAUUUUCGCAUUGACACUGAACAGACAUAAGCAUCCCCUUAAUUUAUACCUGCUUUUUGGAUUUACACUAUUGGAAGCUCUGACUGUGGCCAUUGUUGUUACUUUCUAUGAUGUCUAUAUUGUUCUACAAGCUUUUACAUUGACAACUGCAGUAUUUCUUGGCUUGACUGCAUACACUCUACAGUCAAAGAAAGAUUUUAGCAAAUUUGGAGCAGGGCGCUGCUGGGGGAGCCCUGCUUUUCUGCGGCUUCAUCAUCUAUGA